UCUGGGAAGUAGCUGUCCUAACACCCCUUUCGCAAUGGCUUCGCCCCGAUCCACGUGUUUCGAUGUGAAAUCGGUUGAUGGAGUAGUUAGCCGGGAGAUCCCAGAGUGAGCGCCGUUGCUCAUAAAGAUCUCAUUUUCUUAGGAAUAACUCGAAGAAAGUGGCUGAAACAUGCAUAUAAGUGCGCUGUUUUUGGCCCUGUUGCUGGGGAUUCAGUUGCAUCUCAAUGCGGGCACUUUCAUCGAUCUUCUCCAGCCAAUAGGAGUGCUCGACCCGUCAGAUGACACGAUACGUUAUGACACCGGCAUCGACGGCCUGCCGACGUUCCGGCUUACGGAACGUGCCAAAAUAACGGGUGACGUUAGCAUAAUUUCUCCGGACUAUAUGUUAUUUCCGGACUUUUCAAUUCUAGUCACCGUAAAACCGGCCGAGCAACGCGGUGGGUAUCUCUUCUCCGUCGUGGAUCCUUUUGAACUUGUGAUGCAACUAGGUCUCAGUAUUUCGGACUCCGAGUCCGGUUUGCAAAACAUCUUUCUCCAUUAUUCCGACUACAGGACACGGACAAGUGCUAAACCUAUUGUGAAAUUCACCGUACCAAAUAUGGUCGAUAAAUGGACAAGGUUCGCACUGAGUGUUCGUGGAAAUAUGACGGAUUUGUAUUUCAAUUGUGUGGAGUAUGACAGUUAUAACAGGGUCAGGACACCAGUACCUCUACCAUUCGACGCGGGAUCAACGUUGUAUAUCGGCCAGGGAGGUGGAGAGUUUAAUGGAAAAUUCUUGGGUUCUCUGCAAGAGUUGAGCUUGUAUUCCGACCCUGACACAGCAGCUAAGCAUUGUGACGUCAGGCAGGAGAGGCUGAAUGGACACAGACCCAACAGGCAUAAUGGCGAGGGAAGCGGUGGCCUCAUCGACACUGACGACGAAGAUAUGUUCGGUUCUGGCAAUGGCGAAGACAAGACAACAAUGACAGUGAUACCCGUCACCAAAACAAGUCCGCCACCAACGGAUGGUGACCUCACUAUAGAUGGAAAAGAAACUACAGAGGGCGGGGACGGCGGCAGUGCCGAUGACAACACAGAGAAACCGGAUGUUCUGGAAAUGACGUCAAUACCACCGUUUAUUACACCACCCCCACCAUUCCCACCAUUCAUGACGACAGAAAAAUCUGGUGAGAUGUCUGCAGGGCUUCCUGGCCCCGUCGGACCACAGGGACCUAAAGGUGACAUUGGCGAGAAAGGUGAUCAGGGCCCACCAGGACUGAGCGUGCAGGGACCACCAGGACCGCCAGGACCACGGUCAGAUUUAAUCAGUGAUCUUGGUCAGAAGGGCGACAGGGGUGACCCCGGUAUGACUGGUUCAGUUGGGUUGCCCGGUACACCUGGAUUACCUGGAAUAGAUGGUGAUAAGGGAGAGAAAGGAGAUGCUAUCAAAGGGCCCACCGGCCCGCGUGGCCUGCGAGGGCCUGCAGGACCACCUGGCCCACCAGGAAUCAGUCUCAUCAACGCUGACGGCUCUGGAGAGAUGCUGGAGGGGAGUGGGAUGCCCAGGUCAGGAGGGAGCAUGGGGAAGGUUGGACCGAUGGGACCGAUGGGACCGAUGGGACCGAUGGGACUAAGGGGUCUUGUUGGGGAACCAGGCUUGGCUGGGGCAGUGGGACUGCCGGGGACGCCAGGACUGCCAGGAAUACCAGGCAAAGUAAUCUACCUGACCAAUACUACAGACUCUGACAAUGAUGAUGUCAUGAUGAAUGCUACCAAGGGUGAACCCGGUGAGCCUGGACUCCCAGGCCCGGUUGGACUGGUAGGGCCAGAGGGACGCCCAGGUGAAUCUGGAUUGCCGGGAUUGAUGGGAGAAAAGGGAGACGUUGGUCCAAUUGGUCCUAAAGGAGUCACUGGGUCGACGGUAAGAUUUCAUUAG